CAAAUCUUCCACGCACCAAGAAGGGGACCACMCAAGUCACACCGCACCGCUGCAUUUGUAUAUCUCUUCGGUUCCGUGGAGCAAAAGCCGCGCAAACCGAUGAUGCCACUGGCGGCACACUGCGUCCAAACGACCGGCGAUCUGUUUCUCGUCAGGAUCCAUCGCCGACCUUCCGGGGAGGAACCCUCCGAUGCCGGUGCGAGAACCAGCGCGAGCGACGGUGGCGAUCGAAGGAACGAACGCGUCCGGGGCAUCGAGGCGGCACCGCCCGGCGUCGUGUCGUCGUGGGUCGGGAAAAUGGCGGACGCCCUCCAGGAGCAGUGGCCCAGGGAAGGGCGCUCGGCCGUUCGCUCCGAGCCGCAUUCUCGCUCGGGCGGCACGGAGGCCACCGGUGCGGACGACAGCGGCAGCGGCUACUACCGAAACUACAUCGUCCACCACGAGCGAUCCGCUCCCUCGUACAGCCUGGCGUGCAGCUACCUGCUGCUGUCGGUGCCGCCGGCCACUCCCGGCGAAGGACCACCGGCCGCGAGCGUGGUGGGACACGGCCGGCUCAUGGAAUGCUACGAGAGCGCCGGGGGGAACGCCGCCGCCGCGACGUACAUCCUCGUCGACCGGGAGCGGCGCGGCAGCGGGUACGGGACCGCCCUCCUGGGCCUCCUGGAGCGGGAGGCCGUGGGGAACCGGCUGGUGGGCGGCCCGUACCACUUUGUCUACCUCUGGUGCAAGGCCUCCACCGCGGCCUUUUACGAGCGCAGGUGCGGCUACGCCAGGGCUAGGAACCGGGUCAGCCUCCAGCGGCCCUGCCUCAAGGCCCUGGCCGCCACGAGCGUGCAGUCUCUGGAGGCCGUCCUCCGGCUCGGCCGGGAGCGCCACCGCCGGGGGGAGGACGGUGGCGGAAACGGAAAGGCCGACAGCGGAACCGGGGGAGCGCCCCGCGGAAAGAAACUGGAAACCGUCGUGCUGCUGCCCGACCGGGGUGGCACGCCCUCGGCCACCAAAGGAGGACAGCCCGUGGCGGAGGAAGACGUUUGGUUGCGAAAGCGCCUCGUCGACCACGUCGACUCCGUUCGGGUUGCGGAAACCGAACGGAAGGAAGAAAUGAACCGGUUCGUGGCCUCCGUGUCCGACCCGGAACACGCUUCGCGCGUUUGGUAUCGAUGGAAUCCCCGCGUUCCGUGGCAGAUGCAGAUUGGCCCCUCCUGUGGAUUGACGGCCGUUCGAAUGGUCAAGGACCAUUACCGCUGGCCCGCCAACCACGAACGGGACCGGGAAGGGAACCAGACACGGGACCGGAGAGAACACGGAUGCGACUCCGACCGAUGUCCCUCGUUGCUGGCCGAUGCACGAGCACGCGGUUACACACAAGACGGCGAGGUCUUCGAUGCCGACCACCUGCGGAAGCUGGUGGAAGACCAGCUGGGAUCGGUCGCAGCAGUCCCCCGAAACGGCGUCGAUCGCGGCACCGAACGCGACCCCGGCGGGAGUCCUUCCGUGGCGGGUGGGGAGGAUGCCUUCCUCACCGUCCGGACGAGGGAGACCGCAUCGCUGGCCGCGAGCGAGCUGGACUCGACGCUGAGGGACGGCGGCCUCUGGAUUCUUCCCUACGAUUCCCACCCACGAACGAAGCAGCCGUGCCGGAUGCAGGGGAAACGCGCCCACUGGGGCAUUGUCGUCGGGAUGCUCGUCUCCCGGCCUUGCACCGUUAGCCAAGGGGACGGUGAAACCCGCAGAGAACCGCCCGGGGAAAGGGGGUCUGUUUCCCCCCUGCCGAUGCCACCGGACGACGCCGGCGGCGGCGACGAGCACAUCUUCGAACCAGCACCGCAGCCACCGAAGACGGUUGGCGAUUCGGCGAUCGGCGCAACGGAAUCACCCUUGCACAGCGAUCCGAAACCCGUCGUGUACUGGAUGGUCCAGCACAGUCUUUCCUCCAAGUGGGCGAUUGCACCCAUGGAGGAAUGGGUCGCAUCCAAUCGGCAGCUGGUUUCUUUCGACGACGACAAAUUUGCGUUGGACCGGGAAAGUGGAUUGAAUCUGAAGAACAAGAUCAUCGAGAUUUUCCCGUCGCGAAGCAAUCGACGCAAACCAAGGUAGAAUCUAGAGUUUUGUUGUAUCGCAGCGAUGAAUAGAAUAGAAUAGGGCUGGGGUGCUGCGUGUCUCUUUUUUAUGUCCAGACAGAUCCCCUUCACGACAGUUUUGAUGCAAUGAUUGAGCCAUUUCAAUGCGCAAUGUUUGGUUUUCACCGAGUACUUUUCGUGUCGGAUGCUUUGGUAGUAGUAUCAGAAAAAUUAUAGAUUUACAGAAUUGUUUGUCAGCAGUAUUUCAGCUUUAAGUGGUUUUCCCCCGAACGUUUGUGACAAUCUUCAGCGAAGGAUUUGAUUUCAUUGUAAUAGACGUAGUAAACUUAAAAUCGACGUCUUUCUGAGAGGGGGACAAACGAAUCACAAAAUGACGAAUCAACGGGGCCAUGAGCAAUUUCGCUUCCAUCUCGGCAAAAUAGUAUCCGAUGCAGUUCCUGGGCCCGUUCGAGAAAGGCAUAUAUGCAUGCUUAUUACUCGCCGGAUGUUCUUUGCCAAGCCAACGCUCGGGCUGGAAUACAUCCGGGUCUUUCCAAUAAAGGGGAUGCCUGUGGAGUAGAUGGAUAGGAAUCGUCAGCCUCGUGCCAGCAGGAAUGGUGAGGCCUUUGUAAUGUUCUUCAUACACGUUGUAGCGAACGAUCAUACCCGCCGGUGGAUACAUGCGAAGGACUUCUUUCAUAAAGGCAUCAAAGUAAGUCAUCUUUUCUAUCAUUUCAAUUGUAAUGUCCGAUUCCUCGUCUUUCGAAGAAUGCGUUUCAAUGUCUGCAAAAACCAUUUCCUGGAUUUCUGGGUUCUUGCAAAGUGCGAAAAUGGCCCAGUGACACCAAGUGGCAGUGGUUUCGUGACCAGCCAAAAGGAAUGUUUUGACUUCGUCCCGGAGUUCCUCCAUUACAAGACUUUUUCUCGAAGACUUUUUCGUAUCCGAAUUCUCCGCAUCGAGCAAUCUCUGCAAGAGAGAUAUUUGGCCAAAACCAAGAGUUUUUGUCGCAUCGCCUUUUUCUAACAUCUUCGUCUUCUCUAGUUUCAAUUUGGCUGCCGUCACGACUUCAUCAACAGCUUCGUCUAACAUCUUGCUCGAUUUAGCUGUUGAAAAAUCCAGAAACGAGAUAUUCAUCAGCUGCAUAAGAAUUCUUGUCCCCGUAUUCUCAAACAUCGAUGUCAUCGCUUGCACCACUCUGUCAUUCACACGGGUACUCUCGGUUACACCAUCUUCGCCUUCGUGAACCCAUUGUUCUAUGGAGUCGAGAGCGUGGAAGUCGUGCGAGAAUGCGACCUCUCCAAUAAUUUCAAGGGUGAGGUUCGAAAUUUGAUUCAUCACCGUGAUCUCCCGUCCUUCCGCCUUUUCCCAGAAGCCGAUGAACGUUCUCAUGAUAUUUGGUAUGUAGUGCCCCAGGGACUCACGUAUCAAGCCGGGCUGAAACGAUGGGUGGACAAUUCGUCUGUGGCGUUGCCAAUCCUUUCCUUCGAGAGUGACCAAGCCGUUUCCAACGAGCGGAAUCAAACCCAUGAGUUUUUUCACAAACCGUGGAUUUUCUCCGUAAUUUGAAAACAGUAUCUCUCGCACGACAUCCGCGUCCAGCACUAAGAUGGUGUGCGUUCCUAUCGGCAGAGUGUAAUGAAUGAAUUUUGUGUCCAAACCAGCCUUCUUCCACCAUCGUUUGUGGGGUUCACAAAACGGUUCUCUCCGAAUCUUUCCGAAUUGUCCUGUGAUCACACAAAAAGUGGCCAAGAUGAGAAUGCUGCGUUGGUCGGUGUAGAAUAGAGCAUCGUCUCACACGGGCUAUUUAAAAUACAUAAAUAAUUAUUCUUACCCAUUAUGUACGACUCGUAGCGAGGACCGGGCAACGACCACAACGGCGAUGUCAGGAACUGAAUGUAAACCCAUAGGAAAUGAACCAAGCGCCAAGCUACUACGGCAGCAACUAUGUGCAGUGGAUCGAUGCCAAAUAAAAUCAUUUCUUAGCU